CCAACACGAACGCUGCACGAGCACCGGAACUAAGAUUCACCUGCAGUUCCAGUGGGGAACAUUUAGAGGACGCACAUCUGUCUCUCUCUUACACGUCAUUCAUUUCCUCGCUGCGUGAUUUCCAAGGUUUCUGUGCACAUUUCCUGCAGAAAUCAUGUCUAAUUCGGUAUUUUCAGUUAUAUCGCGUUUUGUGGAGGAGUACAGGAGCAGCACACCGAAUAAGCUGAAGAUGAUCGACGCGUAUCUGCUGUAUAUUUUGCUGACCGGAGUGUUCCAGUUCCUGUACUGUGUGCUGGUGGGAACGUUUCCCUUCAACAGCUUCUUAUCUGGAUUCAUUUCGUGUGUGGGAUCCUUCAUUCUGGCUGUCUGUCUUCGCAUCCAGAUCAAUCCUCAGAAUAAAAGAGAUUUCCAGACCGUCUCUCCUGAGAGAGCCUUCGCUGAUUUCCUCUUCGCUCACACCAUUCUGCAUCUAGUGGUCGUCAAUUUUGUUGGCUGAAGGAGAGCAUCUGCUCUGUGCCUCUUACAGCAGGUGGAUGUGUAUAUGAAGACCAAACGCUGCAGCUCAACUACAGAACAGCUACAAACAAACAACUGUCUGCAGAUCUCUCAAUGUUAAUAUAUGUUUUGACAGAAUGGUCAUUUAUGAUAAGUUCUUGUCUCGUUCCUUCAUUUUUCUACUUUUGUAAAAUUCUCUGGAAGUUGUUGAAACAAAUUAAAUGCCUUUAAAAAUUCAGUGAUCCUGUAGUGUUUUAUUCUAUGUAACAAAUCUAGGUAAUCACAUCUGAAGUAAAUCUUUGUGUUUGAGAUAUAUUUAAAAAAAUAUAAUUUGUAAUAAAAGUAACAUUGAAAAAUAAUAACCAUUUUAUUUUAUUGUAUGAGUGUAAAUGAAACCAGAAGCAGAGUUUUGUAUAACUAUAGUCCACAGUCUCUAUA